UUAGUGCAUUGAACGGCCGAAGAAUCACCGCAAUAAUUUUCUACCACCCAUCUUUUGCUUUGUUUCCUUUUAGAUUCAGAUUCAGCUACACUUUCUUAACUAGGACAUGCUUAAUCCAGGGUACAUGGCUGAUGUGUUCAUCUUCCAGAGGAUAUCUUGCACCAGAGUACACCAUUCAAGGGCAGUUGAACAAAAAGCGCGAUGUCUAUAGCUUUGGUGUGCUGCUGUUGGAGAUUGUCAGUGGCAGAUGCCACACUGAUCCUAGAUUACCCGUUGACGAGCAGUUCCUCCUAGAAAAGGUCUGGACACUCUAUGAGUUCGAUGAUCUCGAGAGCAUCAUUGAUAGGACACUAAAGCGUGAUUUGGACCCGUCCUACGCUCCCCUCACGUUGCCCACCCCCACCCCAGCCACCGUCGCGCCGCCCUGUUCUCCCCAUCCUCAGCACUCCGCUACACGCCCGCCGCAGCUCGACGCCCCGUGCUCGGCGACUCCCCCUCCGUCCUCUCGCCGAGGCUGCCCUCGUGCUCCCCCACACUCGCUGUGUCGCCCGAAUCUGCGCUCGCGAUGCCUUCACUUCCCCUCGCGCCGCCGUUUCCUCUGCAUCACCAGCCAUGCCGCCGACUUGCCUAGGACGGAGCCCGCCCGACCAACCAUGCCAGGCGCCACGCCGUCCCCUCAGCGUCGUCCUCUCCACGGUGUGGUCGGCUGUCUCGAAGCCCUCGCGUCCCCUAGCCCAUGCACCCGCCUCGGAUGCCCCAACUGCUCGAACGCCAUGCCCCCGCCUCACCGUCCCCUCUGCGCAGCCGCGCAGUCGCGGUGCGACCGGCCGUGGAGGAGCCCUCGCGUCCCCUAACCCAACUAGCCAUGGGCCCCCAUCGUUUCCCCUUCCGCGCAGCCAGGGCCCCAAAUUUGGCAAUGCACCAUUCCCCCCAACAAUCGUGCUCGAUCUGGCAAUUGCGUGCAUGAUAUCCGUCGCUGAUUUGGAAAGCGCACGAUCUACGACGCUGAUUUGGAAAGUGCCUUGCCAAACGAUUCCAACACAAAUCCCCCAAAUCGUGUACCCAUCAUCAUUAAAAAGGUCGCAAUUGCCAGACUGCUACAACCAUCCUACAGCUACGGAAAUCCUUCGCUCACACUCCUCCAGGUGAAGACAGUUACCUUCCCUUUGCAAUCCAACCAUAUAUAGAGAUCAACGUCAAAAGGAACCUCAGGCUUUGUAAACGACUAACUUAAAUCGGUGAGGUAACAACCAAAUUAUCUCACCAUUCCAGUCGGCAAGUAGUAGUUUGUAUUUCUAUUUUCCUACUUCAACUUCUUUACUUUGGAUACCUUGCUCCAUUCCUCUAUUUCUAAAAAUAAAAUUCAUGCGCAUAAGUAGUGUGUAGUUCAGGUUUACGCUUUUACAAAAUUAAAUUGAAGUUUUCAAAAAUGGUUUGAGCAGAGCCAGUAGUAGUAGGGAUUUUACAUUUAUGUUAUUGUAGUUAAAAUCCUGGCUCUGUUGUCAUGAAAGAUCGCUAGGUUACCCUAGAAUCUAGGACAUUACAAGAAAUGUAAAAGGUGGGUUUGUUAAUUGCAACUAGAAUAUAACAUAACCUUUUUGGAGCUGAUUUGGUGACCAGGGAAUUGAAGGGAUCCAUGGUUUUGAAUGGGAAUAGGAUUCCUCCCCCAUGGUUUCUCUCCAAUUCACUGAUUGUUCAGAAUCCGCUCCAUCUUUUGCUACUAUCAAUUUUUUUUCCAUUUCUGUAUCAUUGAAUACUCUGCAUAAGUACUAUUCUGCAGCAGUGAACCAAAACUUCCAGGCAGCAUGAGUUUUUUUGUUUCAGGUUCGUGAUGCUUAAAAUGGUCAGCAAGCUUUAAGCCAGACCGACCUUGCGAUCGACAAAGUCUUUUGUUUGAAAUAUUUUGUGUGUC